CGACCGUGAAUUUCUUCCCAAGAGAGACAGCCUUAACCCACUCCUCACACUACUGCUUUCAAACGUCCCACGAAGUUCAUUUCUCGUCGCCUCCUUCCAUCGCUCCCAACCUCCCUCCCUCAACAAACAGCAACCCCGGGACGAUCGACCACAUUCACCUUCAUACCAAACGAUGUCUCAUCCUCGUGCUUCGACGCAGUCGCAACGCUUCGCCCAGUUCAAGCUGGUGCUUCUCGGUGAAUCUGCUGUCGGAAAGAGCUCUCUGGUGCUUCGGUUCGUCAAGGACCAAUUCGACGACUACCGGGAAAGUACUAUCGGCGCAGCCUUCCUCACCCAGACUAUCGCUCUCGAUGAGACCACUACUGUCAAGUUUGAGAUCUGGGAUACUGCUGGUCAGGAACGCUACAAGUCGCUGGCGCCCAUGUAUUACCGUAACGCCAACUGUGCUGUUGUGGUUUACGACAUUACACAAGCCGCGUCACUGGAUAAGGCAAAGGCAUGGGUCAAAGAACUGCAACGCCAAGCGAACGAGAACAUCGUCAUUGCUCUGGCUGGAAACAAGCUGGAUCUCGCCACGGGUCCUGGUUCGAAGCGUGCAGUAGAGACUGCCGAGGCGGAGGCAUAUGCGAGGGAGGCCGGCCUUUUGUUCUUCGAGACCUCCGCGAAGACUGCCGAGAACGUCAAGACGCUGUUCACGGCAAUCGCCAAGAAGCUCCCGCUCGACCAGCAAGGACCGAGGGGUGCGAGACCAGGCGUUGGCGGACGAGGUGUCGACCUGAAGGGAGGCGUGGCUGCUCAGCAGCAGGGCUGCAACUGCUAGACGUUUUGUUUUUCUUCGCAAGGGACUGAAUGUACGGUAGUUGGGGAUGGGGGAUAGGACGGGGGAUUUUGCCGUUUACAUGCUACAUUUCUUUCCGUUUGGCUAGGUCGAGGGGAU